AUGGCAACGCAGCUUGUUUCUCUGCCAGAGGUCGAGCGUCUCAGCGCCUCGGUCAUCCGGAUUUUGGCGGGGAACCCGGGGAAGUUUACCUUGCAAGGCACAAACACCUACCUCAUUGGCCGCGGCCACCAGCGCAUUCUCAUCGACACCGGUCAGGGUGAGCCCGCAUGGGUAAAUAACCUGACUUCCGUUCUCUCCUCGGAAAAGGCCACAGUCCACCAGGCCUUACUCACACACUGGCAUGGUGACCAUGUAGGCGGAGUGAAAGAUCUCCUACGUCUUUGUCCCCAGGCUAGCGUGUACAAGUGCGAGCCCGACGAAGAUGAUGGUCAAGUGGGCAUUGUCGAUGGGCAAGUAUUCAGCGUCGAAGGCGCGACACUGAAAGCUGUGUUUUCGCCAGGUCAUACGGAAGAUCAUAUGGCUUUUGUACUAGAAGAGGAGGAUGCCAUCUUCACCGGGGACAGAAUGAAUGACGGGAAUCGGGCUAACCAGGGCAUGACGAUAGAUGUCCUCGGGCACGGCACUGCUGUCUUCGAAAACCUGAAAACUUACGUCUCUAGCUUACACCGUAUGCGCGACCGGGUUCAGGGCCGUGGGUAUCCUGGACAUGGCGCUGUGAUGGAGAAUGUUAAUAUCCGGAUAUCGGAGUAUAUCAAACAUCGGAAGCAGCGGGAGGACGAAGUAGCGCGUGUUUUACGAUGGGGAAAGCUGGAUGUGAGUCCUGGAGAGCGAUCACCAGAGCCGAAGCGCUCAUGGACACCGCUACAGUUGGUGAAGGUGAUCUAUAAGGAUGUGCCGGAGAAUCUGCAUCUGCCGGCAUCGCAUGGGAUUGGGCUGGUUUUACACAAGUUGGAGGAUGAGGGGCGGGUGGUACAUGAUUCUGAGUCUGGGGAGUGGAGGCUCAGUGAGAAGUCUGCAUUAUGA